AUGCGGGCAGUUACAGUGGGGAUCCUCUCCAUCGGAGACAUGGGGAUGGGAAUGGCGAGACUACUCAAAUCACAUGGCUAUCAUGUGGUCACAGUCGGUGAAGGAAGAAGUGAACAUACCUUAGCUCGAAUCAAAACCGCUGAAAUCGCGGUAUUACCAACCGACCAAGAACUAGUGGUCCAGGCAGACUAUGUUUUGUCUAUUGUUCCUCCCAGGAACGCCGUGGCCACCGCGGAGCGGAUUGCGGGGGCACUUAAACAGCCAGAUACGGUGAGCAGACGGGAGUCCGUCGAGGAGGUGAACGACCGGCCGAGUCGAAGCCCACUCUACUUCCUCGAACUAAAUGCCACACCCGCCCGAUUGGCGGAGGAGAUGGCAACUCUCUUUGAAACAGACGAGACGGCCACGUCAAUGGGGGGCUCGGCUCGGUGCCACUUCCUUGACGGCGGAAUUAUUGGGGGCCCGCCAUCGACAAACGUACAGGACGGGACAUGGAAGAAACCCAGCGUGGUGCUUUCGGGAGCAGUGGACCUUCCCUCCACUUGGACACAACUCUCUGACGUCUUGAACCUGAAGUUGGUCUCGAAUAAGAUUGGAGCGGCUUCUACUUUAAAGCUCUCCUUUGCAGCGUUGACCAAAGGUCUGACGGCAUUGUCGAUCCUAUCAUUUUCCACGGCACAGCGGGAGUCGCUUCUCCCGGAGUUGCUAGACCAUCUCCAGCAAUACUCACCCCACACAGCGGCACUUGCUCAGUCGGGUGUGAUCGGCAUGAGUCCCAAAGCAUAUAGAUGGGUGGAUGAGAUGCGUGGCAUAGGCGAAGCUUUUGAUCGUGACGGUGGAUGGAAUGGGAUUGGUAGUAGUGUCUAUGGCGGAUUUGCAGACAUUUAUCGAACUAUUGCCGAAGACACCAUUCUAGGACAAGAGCGAGUUGGAGCGCGGCAACGUGGUACCAGCGUUGAAGAUGCAGCCACGAUCAUAGCUUGUCGACAUGAGCCCAAAGUUGGGGAAGAUCACGACAUCCACGAGACUAUGUCAUAG